AUGGCCAUUACUACUAGCAAACCAAUAAAUACUAAGCUGAUUAUUGAACAACUAAAGAAUUAUCAGGGUUCUCAAAACAUAAGCGUAGACAUUCCGAAUGAAUUAACCAUUAAAACAGAACAAGGGGAAACUUCUCCCCUAAUUAAUAAUUCUGCUGGCUCAAUUAGACACCCCAAACGGCAAUUAUCUCUUGGUUCUCAAUCGCAAAAUAACCAAGGGGAAUCUAAAUUUGUUAAAGAAGAAACCGAGUUAAGGGAAGUUCAAGAUUAUAUUGAUCAAAAUUAUCCCAAAGCUCAAAGAGCAAGGGUGCAAAAACUAGAUCUCCGUAAUCUUGAUCUCGAAGGUGAUUUAGAUUUAAAAGACUUUACGCACUAUUGCUUUAAAGUAAUCGUUGUUGGCAAUCCUCGCUUAGGGGGAAUAAAAAAUAAAUCUGAGUGGUACACUGCCAUCGUUAACAAAAUUUAUUCCACUACCCAAGAAUGGUUAGAGCAAGAGUAUUCGCAAAAAGAGCAAACAAAUGAAAUUAUCUUAUCAGGAAUAGAAUUUGAGCAACCGAGCGAAUUACUUAUUAGUGAUUACCCUAAUGUAAAAGAAAUAAAAACCGAGGGCUAUUGCCAAAACGAAAUUUACAACAUAACCAAAGUAACUAUUAAUAAUUGUCCACAAUUGGAAGAAGUAUGCAUUCCCAACUUUUCCAAUCAAUUUCUUAGUUUACACCACUUACCCAGUUUGAAGAAAUUUCGUUGUGGGUAUGGUCAACUCACGGGUUGCUUGGAUUUAACUCCUUUUACUAAUUUGGAAUCAGUGCAUUGUUUUGGUAAUCAACUUACCGAAAUAAAGUUACCGGCCGAGAAAUUAGAAGAAUUAGCCGCCAGCGGAAGUAACCAACUUGUUGGUUCUUUAAAGCAUUUAAAAAGCUUAACUAAAUUAAAUUUUUUAACUAUUUGCGACACCGAUAUUGAUAGCGGCUUAGAGUAUUUGUCUGAGGAGUUGACUACCGGAAUAAAUUCUAAUCCGGAAUUAGUUAAUAACGCUAAACAAAUCAAAGAACUAGGUGUUUUGAGCAACAAUUUACAGUUGGCUUUUACUAACCACACAAAUACCAACAAGAAGUGCUUUCAAAAAAGCGGAACCAAAUCUACUUCGACAAACGUUGGAGAAAAAGAGGUUAACCAUAUUAACCAUUCUGAACAAUUGGCUACUGAACAAACCGAACGAGAGUAUUUAAACUCGUUGUCGACAUUGAUGCCCCAACAAAAGUCGUAG